AUGAAGUCCAACCCCCUAGGCUCCUCCCCAGAGGCCUGCAAAGCUGCAGGCCAGGCGCCGCAGCAGAAGACUCAAGCCAAACCCACAAAGGUUGCCAGGCAGAAGGUUCUGGUGACUGGAGGAGGAGGCUACCUGGGCUUUAGCCUGGGAUCCCACCUGGCCAAGAGUGGCACUCCUGUCAUUCUGCUUGAUCGCUGCAGACCCCAGUGGGAACUGUGCCCAGAAACCGAGUUCAUCCAGGCUGACGUCCGAGAUGAAGAAGCCCUGUACCGUGCCUUCAAAGGGGUGGACUGUGUCUUCCACAUGGCUUCCUAUGGACUGUCUGGGGCUGAGAAGCUGCAGAAAGAGCAGAUUGAGUCUAUAAAUGUCGGAGGCACCAAACUAGUGAUUGAUGUCUGUGUUCGCCAGCGGGUUCCAAGGCUCAUCUAUACCAGCACUGUCAACGUUGCAUUUGGCGGGAAGCCCAUAGAGCAGGGUGAUGAGGACUCCGUGCCAUAUUUCCCAUUGGACGAGCACAUAGACCACUACUCCCGAACCAAAGCCAUCGCCGACCAAUUGACCCUCAUGGCCAAUGGGACGCCUCUCCCAGGAGGAGGCGCUCUUCGGACGUGUGUGCUCCGGCCUCCAGGGAUCUACGGCCCUGAAGAGCAGAGGCACCUGCCUCGUGUGGCGAGCCACAUCAAGAAGAGGCUGUUCAUGUUCCGAUUUGGGGACCGCAAGGCACGGAUGAACUGGGUCCACGUACACAAUCUGGUGCAGGCACAUGUGCUGGCAGCCGAGGCCCUCACCGCGGCCAAGGGCAACGUGGCUAGUGGGCAGGCGUACUACAUCAACGAUGGGGAGAGCGUCAACCUCUUUGAGUGGAUGGCCCCGCUGUUUGAGAAGCUGGGGUACAGCCAGCCCUGGAUCCAGGUGCCUACUUCCUGGGUUUACCUGACAGCGGCAGUGAUGGAGCGCCUGCACCUGGCCCUGAGACCCAUCUGCUGCCUCCCACCGCUGCUCACUCGGAGUGAGGUGCGCAGCGUGGCCGUGACGCACACCUUCCAGAUAGCCAAGGCCCGCGCCCAGCUUGGCUAUGCGCCCGACAAGUUCAGGUUCGCCGACGCCGUGGAGCUAUACGUGCAGUCCACGACACGGCGGCCCCGCGGCUCCACGGCGCGGACCCUCCUGCGACUGCUGCUCGGGCUGCUUCUGUUCCUCGGCUUGCUCGCCCUGGCCCUGCACUUCCUAGGCCUGCAGCCUCUGCAGGCCUCCGUGGAGCGCCUGUGA